GGGACUAACCAAAGUGGUAGAACGUGGACUGACAUCUUUCAUGUACUUCAAUAAUGGUGAUGUCUGCAGCAUCCAUGGUCACUCCACCUCCACCACACAUUACGUGGGCGGGUACGUGCAGGAAGCGGCUGGUGACCUUCGACACGUGAUCUGGACUGACCUCAGCCUUGAAGAUCUUGAUCAGCUACCAACCCGUGGCAACAACCUCCUCACCAAGUUCAUAGCUGGAUGGCGCAAGUACGAGGUUUGGCAGCGGCUGGGUGAUAGUGUGACCUACUACACUGGUGACCCCUGGACCCUGGGUCACACUCUACAUCUGACCUCUGUGGCCUCCAACCACUCCCAUGGUUGGGGGGUCACCCUCCUCUCUCAAAGGUGUGUACCAGCUUUCCCUUGUCUCCCUCAGGGUGAGUACGAGGUUCCCCCAGGGGUAGUGGUGACAGUAGCAGCGUGGCGGUUGCAGCUCAAGACCUACCCUGACCUGCAGCAGGCAGUGAGAGCAGUGCAGCAGGCAGUGGGUACGGCUCAGCCUGCACAUAUAAGGGACACCUGUGCUAGAGCGGUAGAGGUGUGUCGGGGGCUGGAGAUAUGUCCCCCUGUGGCAGAAGCUCUUCAAGACGCCCUCCUCAAGCAUCUCCAACACUCCUGCAGAGUUGCUGUACGGUCGUCUGGGUGUGCAGAGGAUGGUCAGGAAACGUCAGCAGCUGGUCAGAACGAGACAGUGCUGGGUGUGAGUGGCGUCCCACAGGUGCUGGCAGCUCUCGCACAGUGCUGGGCUUCCAGCUUCACUUUCCACAGCGUCGAGUACCGCAGGCAGCAUGGUCAGGGUGUGGAGGCUGGGAUGGGUGUGGUGGUACAACAGAUGGUGGAAGCUGAGGUUGCUGGUGUUAUGUUCACUAUUGAUCCCGUCACUGUCAACCCGGCUUACAUCGUUAUCACCGCUAACUACGGCUUGGGAGAGAGUGUGGUGUCAGCCGUGGUGGACUCUGACACCAUCGUGGUACGACGCAGCUGGCGCGACCAACUCUCCCUCGUACAUACCAAGCUCGGUGCUAAGAAAAUAAAGUAUACCAUAAAGGAGGAGGGAGGUCCUGUGAAGGAAGAGGUGAGUGAGGAGGAGCGUAGGAAGGUGUGCCUCAGUGAGACAACAGCACUGCGUCUGGCAGGUCUAGCGGUCUACCUGCACCAAGCCUUCGCUACUCAUAGGGACAUUGAGUUUGCGUUGGUACAGGAGCGAGUGUACCUGUUGCAGGCACGCCCAGUCACUGGCCUCCAGGUCUGGACCGACUAUGAGGUCACUCACGAACACGACACAGCCAUCAUCACUGACCACGAGCUGCUCACCAAGGCCAACACGGGGGAGGUGUUCCCGGGGUCUGCAUCACCACUGACCUUAUCACUUAUACCUCAGUGUAUUGACCUGACCUUCCAGAAGGAGCUCUCACGCAUCAAAUGGCCUUUCUACACGCCGGAGCCUCAGCACGUCCGCCUCAGUCCCUCUUACUACUCCCAUGUUUUCCUAAACAUGCUCGAGAUGCAGUUCCGAGACAAUGAGGAGAAGAUGACAGCAGCAAACAGAGCUAUGGACUUGGCAAUAUACGGUCAUAUAGUGAGCACUGACGAGUACCUGGCGUGGGGCAAGGAACGCUUUGGUCUGGCCAGUAUCUUCAACAGGUGGAUCUACCUCAUCUUCCUUGUGUAUGACAAACUGAGCAACACCCGGCGGGUGCGACGCUCCCAGCAGAUGUUUGGUGACUAUGACCUGGGAUGUGCAUGGAUGGACUCUGCUGCCACACUCUACCAGGAGAUCACCCGUAACCUACCUGACCUCCUCCAGGUGAGCAAGACACACAUCAUCACCAGCAAAGUGAGCUCCAGCACCCAGUGUAUUGCUCUUCUUCUCCUGGCUGAAGGAAAAGAGUUCAGUGAGGAGAACAUUGCAGACAUGGCGCUGCUGCUGUCAACUUGUGCCCAGGUUGAGUCUGCUGACGUUCCCACCGCUCUCAAGGAACUGGCUCGAGUGAUCGGUGAGAACGAGGAAGCUGAGGAGUUCCUGAGUAUAACGUCAGAGGAGGGGCAGGUGUGGCUUGAGUCUCACCCGGGCAUCGUUGGCGACACCUACAGGAGCUUCCUUGCCAGACACGGUCAUCGCUGCAUCAAGGAGUUGGACCUCAGCUCCUUGUCCUGGGGUCUUGACCCCCGACCCCUGGUCUACACACUACAGGUGAUGGUGAGUCAUCCCACCAGCUACAAGACCACUAAGACGGUAGUAAAUGUUGAAGAUACUCUCCAACGUCUCCAGACUCACCCCUCCAAAAACACUAGGCGUGCGCUGCAGUGGAUGCUGCCAUUAUGCCGGGAAGCUGUCGUACAUCGUGAGGCCACAAAGUCACACGUUGUCAAGGUUCUUGAUGGUUUCCGACGAGCGUACAGAGUACUGACAGCUUUUAUAUUAUUGUUAUUUGUCAUUUUAAAUCAUUUUUCUUCUCUCAGGGCGAUGAGGCGACGGCGUCUUCAUUGUCAUCUAGACAACCUCAAGUUUCCUGAGAUCAGCAUUGGUAUUCCUCAGCCUGUGACGCCGCUGACCCCAAAUGAGAUCAAGAUGAAGGGGUCAGGUCAGGUUAUAGUUGGUACUCCAGUGUGUCACGGUGUGGUGACCGCUCCGGCCCGUGUUGUGACCUCUCUUCACGAAGCUACUGAAAUACAGAAUGGUGACAUCCUGGUGACAGUGAGCACAGACGUAGGGUGGACACCGUACUUCCCGCUCCUGGCUGGUGUCAUCACAGAAAUUGGAGGCCUCAUCUCUCAUGGUAGGAACACACAAAGUGCUAUCAGUGUGCCUUUAGCCUCUCCGGUCUUCUAACAAAAUUCCCAAAGU